AUUAUUAAAAAGAAUUAAUCCGAACGACAGUUCAAUCAAGAUGAUGGCGUUGGAAAAGACCUAAUAAAAACUUUAAUGGCUUCUUUCGUGCACAAAAUGUAUCGGAUUCACUCGUCAUACAAAGAAUACAUGUCUUGCAUGAAUUUUGUAAGUAAUUUAUUGUGUCAGUAAAGAAAAUGGGGACUGGCGCAUCAAAAAACAAAAGAUCAAAUGUCGUUUCGAGUAGUCAACAACCUACGAGGUUGACCCACCGUCCGCAGAACCGCCGUGCCAGUCGGCGGGAGAUCGAGAAGGAACAACAACCGGAGUAUGUUCUUCUGCCGAGUAUAAAGAAGGAGAGAUUCCACAGCAGUCACAAUACUCCGCUAAACCUCGAAAGACACCAACAGAAUGUUCUCGGGGCAGUACCAACGGUGCCUUCGGGCGUUCUUAGAGAUAACCCGGCUAAAGACCGUGCUGGGGUCGAUAAAUCAUCGGCGUCUACAAGCUCGAGCUCUCAGAGCGUGACAGAGGAACUGGACGACCUUCGAACCGAACUGGACCAAGUUCUGGUCGGACACUACUACGCCAUCAACAAACCCGCCGCUGGGGUUCUCCGAACCGCAGAGAUCUCUGUUCUAGAGAGGCGUAACCAACUACAACCUUUGCCACUGGACUACCAACCGGUCAUAGGAGAUAACUCAAAGGAGAAGGAGUGGAUACGGCCCGGUGACUUGGUGAAGCAGGAGAGGGAUCUCAUGGAUCAGAUGCGAGGAGAAAGGGGGGCCUCCAAAAAGGAUAUAAAGAUAGAUAAGGAGAAAGAAGACGAAGAAUCACCGUUAAUUGUUUAUGAUUUGGAAGAUGAUCAGGAUCGAGGAGACUUUGACAUCCAAAAAUUUCAAGCAGUCAACGUUCCAAAGCAGGAACCUAUUGCAACAGGUGUGGGCAUCUUAAACAAGACAACUUACACCAACUAUUCAUCCGCCAUCAACAAUAAACAGAUGACACCUGGUACCAACAGUAUCCAACCUGCAAGGAUCUCGGAAAUUGCGACGACAUCAACAAAACCGAUUUAUGAUCCAUCGGAAGAAGACCUACUCAAAUCUAUUGAGCAAGAAUUAUUCUAAAAAUACACCAGAGUAUAAUCAUGGUGGUGAAAAUAUUCAACAUACUGACUACAAUUUUCGGAAAUCUAGGCUUUGUAUAUUGCGUUGUGCAGGAAGGACACAUUAUUUUUUUUAGAUUGCAGUUCCCCCAAACAGCAGAUGUUUUUUUAUUGUGGUUAUUAACACAAUUAAUUUCGUCGUGAAGUCACAAUUAACUUUGGGUAUUAUCACACUUUUUUUUGUAUCAUCACAAUUUUGUGUAGUAUCACAAAUUUUUGGUAUUAUGAUAUUUUGUGUUUUAACAAUUGUUGGUAUUAUCAAAAUUAAUUUUUCGGUGUGAUAAGAGUGGAGUUAUUUUAUGAAUUUUAAAUAUGUUUACGCAAAUCUAAUUAUCAAUUUGAUGGUAAUACUUUUCUUUGUACGAAUACUGAGCCGUCAAGAAAAAAAAAAACAGCAAUUAGAAACUCAGGCUUACAUUCAAUCUAAUACGACAAGUCCCGUUUUAUCCGACAGUUACCAUAGUAACAGUGCUUCUCAACAAAUCAGAUCUGACAACUUGUCAGACAACAUGUUAAUGAAACGCUUCACCACAUGAGCCCAUUUCAGACAGAGUUGCGUUAGUAUUUUUAAGGCCACCGCACACCUUAAGACUGGUCUGCGCGACCCGAGUUUGAAAUUAAACGUAGAAGAAAUUGAUGUUAUUACUGAGACACGGAAUAUCUUACUGUGUAAUGUUCAAAAUCAUCGUGCGAAUACCUAAUUUCAAAUCUGUGACUAUGAUUAUCAUCCUAAAAGCGAAUUUAAUAUUUAGUCGUAAUGACGUCAUAGCAAUCGUACCAUAUUGGCUACGAUUUGAAACUAAUUUGGCCUUAUUUGCUUCAAAAUAAAGGCUUCUGGAUCUGGAUGUGUACACUGCUGAACCAAAUUAUUUAUUGGUAGACCUAUUCUUAAAGUUAAGUUGAACCUCAAAUAUAUACACACUUUUCAUUCACAUUUUCAGAAAAUGAGCUAAAUGCGAUUUGUUCCAAACUCUGUUCGUGAACCAAUCGUAAGGUGUGUGGUGGCCUAUUAUACGCGCAUUGCAGUGCUUGAAAAUCACGUCGCGUUUGAUCACAACUCAUUAUGCAACGGACCCAGCAUGCGGUAAUAGCGUAUUUUAGCAUCCACUUCGUAGACGCUUUCUGAAACGUUCAAAGUCUAUUGAGAAUGCCCGUCAAAUCACAAUAGACGGAUUGAUAAGAGGUCAUUGUCGAAAAUUGGUGGUCCGGGACAGCAUGUCGUCUUAAGAUUCUCCUGGACCAAAAAAAAUGCAAAUAUGUCGUUUGUCCAGAGUCAAGGAUGACAAUGCUGAUUUGAUUCACCGAUUUUCGACAAAGACUGCUUCGUGACCAAGGGCUUUUGGCAAUAGAUUUUCUGCGUUGUACAAGGAAUCUGCGAAGUGAUUACUGAAAUGCUUUAUUGAUAUAUUGAUAUAUUCCAACCAGGGUUCACAGUACCGUCAGGCAUAUUCUUCGUUAUAAUCGUUACUAACACAGUGAUUAAAAAAAACCGUCGCUAAAAAUAAAACAAGAGUGAGUACUUCAGAUGUAAUUAUAAUAAACAUAGCUAUGAUUUAUUUACAUUUUCAUACACAAUAAUAUUCAUUUCCGUAUAUCGGUUACCCAGCAAUGUGCAUGGAAAUACAAUAUCAUAUAAUUUCAAUUAUUUCACAUAUAUAAUGUAACAUGUCGAGCCAUCUUGACGUUAUUAAAAAAAGUAAAAAUACAUCGUAAUAUAGUGUAAUACAUUUGGCUAUCUUCAAAAGCCAUAUAAAAUUGAUACUUGUAUUUGGGCCUUUAAGAACACCAAAUCCAUUUGAUGGGCCAUGAGUAGACAGACUAGGAUUUUUUUUUUUUGAUAGACGAUAGCCAUUAUUUUAUAAUGCAGUGUUAUGACAAUAUUGCACCAUCUUCCUUCGUAGUUGGCACUUAUCAAAAUGUUUCACAUACUAUAGUUUAAAUGUAAUGUGAUAAGUCUGAAUCUUUCUUCGAGACAUGAAGAAUGAUACCGAUUUAUGUACAAUUAAUAUGAAACUCGAUUGAUGUGUACCAGUACACAAUUUUAACAGUAUAAAAAAAAUAUAUGAAUAUCAACUUCAGUAAACAGAGUGAAGUUCGAUUUCGGCAGUGUUAUUAUUGAGUAGGCCCUACCAAGUUUCAUCAGUCCAUUGACACAUGUAUUUGAUUUAAAAAAAAUAUAUUGGCCAAUUUAAUCAACACUAAUAAUGUACGAAUUAAGUAUUCCUAAAGAAAGUGUAAACCAAUUUGGGUGGUAAAAUUGCAAUAAAUAACAAAUACAUCAAAGACAAGACACAAUAAACUAACAUCGUAGGGGGCGUGGAUCCCCCCCAAAUCACGAUCAAGAAAAGGGGAGAGAAAACGGGUGAAAUAUGAUAUUUUUCAAUAAAAAAAUAUAUAAUGUACAAAUAACAUAUACACAUGGACAUUAUAUUAUAUAAUCCUAUAUCAUAAAGUUGAGUGUGUUAUCAUGGAAACAAUUAUUGAUAUCAUAAAAACAAUAGUUCCAAUGAUAAGAGUAUUUGAAAGAAUAACUUAUCUGUCGAUUUACAGGAUGUAUUAAAUGGGGAAAAAACACUUGCCCUCCCCGCCCCACCCUCAAAAUUGAAUACUUCAAUUUUUGGGGCCCGUAGUGCCAAUAUUCAUAUUUAUUAUCUUAACUCCAGUAAGGAUCUAUGCAUGGUAUUUUGUCCGUUGGUGUGUACGUAAACUGACAAAUUAACACCUUAAUCACUGACUCAAUUGCAUAUCAUUAAAAAUUAUCU